CUUACGGAAGAGGAGUCGAUGACAAACGCGGUGUACCAAUUAAAACGAUAAAAAACGUUCAAAAAAUAACGAAUCUAAUGAGCCUCGAAGCGAACGGUGCUUCAGAAGGUUAUUGUACGCAGGUUUUGAGGUUUUCCCACGCAGGUGAAAUAUAUUGCAAGACGGCGUUGCAGCAGGAACGCCGUGAAAAGGAGCACAGUUUCUGCGUAUACGCUAGUGUACAUAUAAAUGGCGGCUGACGAAAAAUGGUACUUUACGAAGGAACAACUAGCAUCAACCCCGAGCAGAAGAUACGGUUUCGACGCAGAUAAAGAGCUAAGUUACCGUCAGCAGGCAGCAAAUUUUAUACAAGAUAUGGGGCAACGGCUCGUCGUAUCGCAGCUAUGCAUAAACACGGCAAUAGUCUACAUGCAUCGCUUCUACGUGUUCCACUCGCUCACGCAGUUUCACAGAAAUGCGAUAGCGGCGGCGGCACUAUUUUUGGCAGCAAAGGUGGAGGAGCAGCCACGAAAGUUGGAACAUGUCAUCAAGGUUGCCCACCUUUGCCUCCACAGGGAACAGCCUGCGUUGGACACCAAGUCGGAACAAUACCUCGAACAGGCUCAGGAUCUUGUGUUCAACGAGAAUGUGCUCCUGCAGACGCUCGGAUUCGACGUCGCCAUCGAUCAUCCCCACACCCACGUUGUCAGGUGCUGCCAUUUGGUUAAAGCGAGCAAGGACUUGGCCCAGACUUCAUACUUCAUGGCGUCAAACAGUUUGCACCUGACCACCAUGUGUCUUCAGUACAAGCCUACUGUGGUUGCCUGCUUCUGCAUUCAUCUAGCUUGCAAAUGGUCAAACUGGGAGAUACCGCAGAGCAAUGAGGGAAAGCACUGGUUCUGGUACGUCGACAGAACAGUGACGUCGGAACUCCUUCAGCAGUUGACCGCAGAGUUCCUCCACAUAUUUGACCGGUGUCCUUCGAGACUCAAGCGAAAGAUCAUGAGCAUCUCUGCCAACCAGAGCCCGAACAUGAGCCAUCCAAGCUUGCCGAGCUCACCCCUUGGUAUGGAACCUCGCAAGAUCCAGUCUCCUGUGUCAGCCCUCGACGGAGGACCAACUUUCCAGUCGAACCGACCCCACCACGGUGAGCGUUCCGACGAUAAGAAAACCUCAGCAUCUGCUUCGGGCAGGCCACCGGUGGACUACAGGGAGUACAGAGAAAAGAAGGAACGGGAGCGUCUGGACCGCGAGAAGGCAGCUGCGGCUGCACAGGGCCACGCUCAUCACCACAAACCCGUUCCCUCGGGCGCACAGAUUCCGGGAAAACACCCUGUACCGCCCGGCCAGAAGCCCCACAUCCACCACAAUCACCAUCACAACAGGCCCGAUCUGAAACCGGGCGCUCUGGUUCCCGCUCAACAAAUUCCACCCUCGUCAAGACACUCCCUGAACAACCAGGCGCCGAGGGAAUCCGUGCGCGAUCCUGCCCGUCAAAGAAUCCCCAGGGAAUAUAAUUCGAGCAGCGGGACCAGCGGCGGAACCGUUUUUACCCACGGACACGGUCCCUCUGCUCCGGACAACUCUGCGCCCAGUUCCUCGAUAGUCGAUUCGAUUUUGGGAAGGGCUGAACAAGGGAUGACCGCGGAUACCGCGUCUCACAAUGCUCAGGACAAACAGGGGAACAAUAGCCACAGUGCGGCUCAUGCUGCGCAUCACUCAGCGGACAACAAACACCUUCAACCGCAACAACAACAGACCGGCGACAAACGCCAGUACGACCCUGCGAGGCAUAAGCCGCCCGAACACAGAAAAGAGGAGCAGAAAUUAUACGGAAAGUACGCCGCCGAGAGUUCGAGGAUAGAGAGACAGAGGACACAGCCUGAUAUUAUAGAACAGAGGAGCGAAGAGGUCAGGAAAAUCAUAGAGAAACCCAUCCCACCGCCUAUGACUGCGCAAAAAACUAGACAAGAGAUACAGAAGGAAGAGUACGUCGCGAAUAUGAUCAAGCAGGCUCAUCAUCACGGGAAGUACGGAAUGGAAAAAUUGCAGAGUAAUCCCGUGGUGGUUUUGAACCAGAUCAAAGGAUUCGCGAAGGAAAAGUCACCGGGAAACGUCAACGUGCCUCCGGCGCAACAAAUGAUGGGGAAACCUAAGCCGAUUCAGGGACAGUUCGCCGCGCAUCACGGAGUUACGCAGAUAAUGAAGGACAAUUCUAGGAAUGGAAACGCUCAAUCGGCGACCGCGCAAUCAACGCAGAUGCCAGUCAACGUGGAUGAUAUCAAAGUCGAGAAAAAACCGACGUCCGAAGACCUUCUGCGAAUGGCUCUGGCGUACACUACUGCGCAUCAACCUCCACCAGCGGGUAAACAUCGGUCGCUUUUUAGCCCGGAAAAAACUGUUGUACAGACCAGGGAGUCCAGCCAUCUUCAGAGGGCUAAACCUAAGCAGAAAACACCACCCUCCGCAGCCAGAAAUAUCAAACAAGAACCGAUCGGUGUCAAACAAGAACCGUUGGACCUCAUUUCUCCUUUCGCCAGCCCUCCGGGGACCAUCGAGCAUCUGCCAUCGUUUAACAAAAGAGCUGUCAACGAGGUGCCACCUUCCUCCUCGAAUAAGAGACACCGGGCAUCGUCGAUAUGUGAACCCGAACAGACACCCAGGGUAAAAGUCGAAGACCAAGCAGGUCUCGAUGCGAUGAAGAUGCUUGGGAGGGUUCCCGAACUCAUACAGCCUAUCAGGGACAACCCGACCUCUUCCAAUGGGAAAAGUUCAUCCGUUGCCAAUGACUUGAAACCUCCAGACCUUAUAAAACCAUUCGAGCCAGAACCACUUGCCGCAAACCCCUCUCCGAUAGUUCAAGGCUCCGGAAUGACUCAACGACCCUUUUCCAACGGAUACGAUGCGUCGAGGGUUCCUGGACAAGAGUCGCACGACUCGCAGUAUCCUUACGAUAAGAAUGUUGCAGAUGCAAAUGUGAUGCAGCAAAUGCAACACCAGCAACCGCAAGUAACUGCUCAUUCCCUCCCACCCAAUAUGUCCUGGACGGACAGAAUCGCAGAGGCGCCUGUGGCUGGCACCGCGACGAUACAAAAUGCGGUAGCACCUGUGAUAGAAGAGAAGAGAUCGGAACACCACAAGAGCGAAAAAAAGAAGAAGAAAGACAAGCACAAACACAAGGACAAAGAUAAGAGCAAGGAAGAGAGGAAGCACAAGCACAAACACAAAGACAGAGAGAAGGACAGGCAUCACAGAGACAAAGAUAAGGCUGGCGAAGACGUUUCCGCAACGGCCGGCUCAGCAUCGACCACUGCCAUACCGAUUAAAAUCACCAUACCCAAAGACAAGAUAAAUUUGGGAGCCGGUGGCGACGCCGGUCACCCAGCUUCGCACGGACCCUCGGAGGGAUCUAGUUUGAAGAUAAAAAUUCUCAAAGAACGUCUGAAGGGUGGUGAGAACCAGGGCGAAGCGCAGGUUCAGGCACCCCUGAAGAUCAAAAUAAGAACCGGUGGAAGCACCCUUGGUAAUAACGUCGACGUGAGAAAACGAGAGAGGGAGUCAGACGCGGGGAGUCCUACCACCGGGGGCCCGCCACCGAUGAAGAAACACACGCAAGCUAACGUUGUCGCUGGGACAGCUCCGGGCAUGACUGCUAACUACGCUCAACAGCGACCUGGGGCUAUGGAAAGACAGCAAAAUGGACGCCAUUAUACUAGUGGCCCCGCAGGAAAUAAUAAGGAGAAGCAUUCGUCAUCUUACUACAAGACUUUGAGCAAGUCCUCGUCGCAGCACUCGUCUCAUCCGACGUAGUAAUCCGACGAUCUGGAAGACGGAGAAAUAGAAUCAGAGAGAUAAA